GUAAGCGCCAAACGCGACUCUGUCAUGCGAACAGAGCCACAACAGAAGCAGGCCAACAAUAUGCCCGAUUCGCACAGUGUCGCAUCGACGUCUGGUGAAGAGGAUAACGGUAGCGAUAGCUCACAGGUAAAUACAUGUAUCAACCUGUUCGAUGAUUAA